GCGGUGCUGCCCGCGGGCGGCGCGGGAUGGCGGCCGCCGUGUAGCGGGAGCGCCGCCGCCAUGGGCCGCGAGUCCAGGCAUUAUCGGAAGCGCUCCGCGUCCCGUGGGCGCUCCGGGAGCCGCUCCAGGAGUCGUUCCCCGUCGGACAAAAGGGGCAAACGGGAUGACAGGCGCUCCAGGAGCAGGGAUCGGGAUCGCAGGCGGGAGAGGUCCCGCAGCAGGGACAAGAGAAGGUCCCGGUCGCGGGACAGAAAACGCCAAAGACGCUCAAGGAGCAGAGAAAGGGAACGGAGCCGAGAGAGAAGGCGAUCCCGGAGCCGGGAGAGGAGGCGCUCGAGGAGCAGGAGUAGAGGGAGACGGUCUCGAUCCUCCAGUCCAAGCAAGAGCAGGAAAACAGAGAACAGAUCAAGAUCUAAAGAAAAGACAGAAGGAGUAGAAGUUUCCAAAGAAAAGAAAAAAGACAAAGAUGACAAGGAAGAAGAGAAGGAUAAAGAUGCUACUACAAAUGCUGUGGCCACUGAGAAUUUCGAUCAGAACAAACUUGAAGAAGAAAUGAGAAAGCGAAAGGAAAGAGUGGAGAAAUGGAGGGAAGAACAACGCAAGAAGGCAAUGGAGAACAUAGGAGAGCUGAAAAAAGAAAUUGAAGAGAUGAAGCAGGGCAAAAAAUGGAGUUUAGAAGAUGAUGAUGAUGAUGAAGAGGAAACUGCAGAAGGAGAAAAAGAAGGCAAUGAGGUUGAAGAUGAGGAGUUAGAUCCUUUGGAUGCUUACAUGGAAGAAGUAAAAGAAGAGGUCAAGAAGUUCAAUAUGAGAAGCGUGAAAGGUGGAGGUGGGAGUGAAAAGAAGUCUGGACCAACUGUUACCAAGGUGGUAACCGUGGUGACAACCAAAAAGGCAGCUGCAGAGUCAGAAAAGAAGAAAGGGGAGCUCAUGGAGAAUGACCAAGAUGCAAUGGAGUAUUCCUCAGAGGAGGAGGAGGUUGAUCUUCAGACUGCCCUGACUGGCUACCAGACCAAGCAGAGAAAGCUGCUGGAGCCGGUGGAUCAUGGAAAGAUAGAAUAUGAACCUUUCAGGAAGAACUUCUACGUUGAAGUGCCAGAACUGGCGAAAAUGACUCAGGAAGAGGUCAAUGUGUACAGGCUGGAGUUGGAGGGAAUUACAGUCAAGGGAAAAGGCUGCCCCAAACCAAUAAAAACCUGGGUACAGUGUGGUAUUUCCAUGAAGAUUCUCACUGCCCUCAAAAAACAUGGCUAUGAAAAGCCCACUCCCAUUCAGACCCAGGCUAUCCCAGCAAUCAUGAAUGGACGGGAUUUGAUUGGCAUUGCUAAAACGGGAAGUGGAAAAACCAUCGCCUUCCUGUUGCCCAUGUUCAGGCACAUUAUGGAUCAGAGAGCAUUGGAAGAAGGAGAAGGUCCCAUAGCUGUCAUCAUGACACCUACCCGUGAGCUGGCUUUGCAGAUUACCAAGGAGUGCAAGAAGUUCUCAAAGACGCUUGGGCUUCGAGUUGUCUGUGUUUAUGGAGGAACAGGAAUUAGUGAACAGAUAGCUGAACUCAAAAGAGGUGCUGAAAUAAUUGUUUGCACACCUGGCCGUAUGAUUGACAUGUUAGCAGCUAACAAUGGUCGGGUGACAAACCUCCGCAGAGUCACGUACGUUGUGCUUGAUGAGGCAGACAGAAUGUUUGACAUGGGCUUUGAGCCUCAGGUUAUGCGCAUUGUAGACAACGUCAGGCCUGACCGUCAGACUGUCAUGUUCUCUGCUACUUUCCCCAGAGCUAUGGAGGCCCUGGCUCGGAGGAUCCUCAGCAAACCCAUCGAGGUGCAGGUUGGAGGCAGGAGCGUUGUGUGUUCCGACGUGGAGCAGCACGUUAUUGUCAUAGAGGAGGAGAACAAGUUUCUGAAGUUACUGGAGCUGCUGGGGCACUAUCAGGAGAAAGGCUCCGUUAUCAUAUUCGUAGAUAAACAAGAACACGCUGAUGGCUUGCUGAAAGAUUUAAUGAGAGCCUCUUACCCUUGCUUGUCUCUUCAUGGAGGUAUUGAUCAGUAUGACAGGGACAGCAUCAUCAAUGAUUUCAAGAAUGGAACCUGCAAACUUCUGGUGGCCACAUCUGUGGCAGCGAGAGGUUUGGAUGUGAAACAGUUGAUGCUGGUGGUCAAUUACAGCUGCCCCAACCACUAUGAGGAUUAUGUGCACCGAGCAGGCCGCACUGGCCGGGCUGGCAAUAAAGGGUAUGCAUACACAUUCAUUACUGAGGAUCAGGCACGCUAUGCUGGGGACAUCAUUAAAGCUUUGGAAUUGUCCGGGAAUCCAAUUCCUCCUGAUUUGGAGAAGCUCUGGGCUGACUUCAAAGACCAGCAGAAGGCUGAGGGAAAGCUGAUCAAAAAAAGCAGUGGAUUCUCUGGCAAAGGCUUUAAAUUUGAUGAAACAGAACAAGCUUUGGCUAAUGAAAGAAAGAAGCUACAAAAAGCAGCUCUUGGCCUGCAAGAUUCAGAUGAUGAAGAUACAGCUGUUGAUAUUGAUGAACAAAUCGAAAGCAUGUUCAAUUCAAAGAAAAGAGUGAAAGACAUGGCAGCACCAGGAACUUCAAAUGCUCCUACACCAUCAGCUGGGAAUGCAGAAAAAUUGGAAAUUGCUAAACGAUUGGCUUUGAGAAUCAAUGCCCAGAAGAAUCUUGGAGCAGAGGCACAAGUAAUGGUCCCCUUCCACUUCAAGGAUGUGAUGCAGCAGGCUACAAAUGCUAUCCUGAGAGGAGGCACAAUUCAAGCUCCUACUGUGUCUGCCAAGACCAUUGCAGAGCAACUGGCUGAAAAAAUCAAUGCCAAGCUCAAUUAUGUGCCCAUAGAGAAGCAGGAGGAAGAGAAACAGGAUGGAGGACAAAAUGAAUCCUUUAAGAGAUACGAAGAAGAAUUGGAGAUCAAUGACUUCCCACAGACUGCCAGAUGGAAAGUUACCUCCAAAGAAGCACUGCAGAGAAUCAGUGAAUAUUCUGAAGCUGCUAUUACAAUCAGGGGGACUUAUUUCCCUCCAGGCAAAGAACCCAAGGAAGGAGAACGAAAGAUUUAUUUGGCUAUAGAAAGUGCCAAUGAACUGGCUGUACAGAAAGCAAAGGCAGAAAUCACACGACUUAUAAAAGAGGAGCUCAUCAGAUUGCAAAAUUCUUACCAACCAACCAACAAAGGAAGAUACAAAGUUCUAUGAGUGUUUGGAGUUCUCUGUCUGUCAGCAGCUGAUCUCUCUGGCUGGUUCCACACACAUCACUUCCCUGGACAAAUGUCCCCCUAAGGUCAGAGAGUCUUGCAAUGAUCAGAGUAAAGAACCUUAUGCAGAAAUCCUUGAGGUCUUGUUUUAAGAUCUUCUUAUCCCUCUCAUGUCCCAUUUUGUCUUUCUCAUACAUAAUAAAAUAACUCUCUGGGUUUUUUGUAAAGUGAAAUGUUUUGUAGUAUGACAGUAGUUUCCCUGGUUUUUUUCUAAACAUGAGAAUUUUAGGAUUUGAUUUUUUUUCCCCCACCUUCUGUGACAUAAGAAUGAAAGCCUGAUUUAGUUUAAAAAGGAAUUUGCAGGAAAAAGAGAGAAACCUCCUUUUUUAAUGAAAUACAACUUUGUCGCUCUUUUAUAGUGUUCUUAUAUAUCCUCUUAACGUGAUCAUUCCCCCGGGAUUGUCAUCCUUUCAUCUUUAUUGCUGUUAGGUCGUGGCUUUAAGUAAAAAUGAAUAAUGGUAUUUAUGAAUGAAUUCCACAGCUAUUCACCCUCGUUGCAGUCCAAAAGCUGCUGGGCCAGGCAAGACCUUGCUCUGGGAGGUCUCCUCCCCAUAAGCAUUAGUAUUCCUGACGGACAGUGCUUGUCUGGAGCAGAAGCAGUAGCAAUUUGAACUGUCUCAUUCUAGCAGCUGCAAGACUUUCAAGAUGAUGACUUUGGAAAGGACUUGUGUAGAAAGCUUUUCUGAACUGACACAUGGAGGAGAAAUGUGUCAUUUUAAACCAGCUGUGUAUAUACUGCUUUAACCCCGGCGGAGACAAAUCACACAAUCUGGGUAAAUUCACAACUCCUCUUUCCAAACUGCAGGUAAUUCGAGGGACUCUUUCUGCCUGCAUACCCUGCCCCUUAUUUGCAAUGUAGGAAAGGAAAGGAAUGAUUGCACCAGCUUUGCAGUCUGCAUUUAGGAUGAGAGCACCCCUAAUGCAGUGCUUGCCACUAUUAAUACAUGGAGUAGGGCAGGAGGAGCAGCACACACAGUGACACUUCUCAAAACUCGAAAGAGAAAGCUCGGACUAAAGCCCUGUGAUGCCCUUUAAAUACAUCAGGUUUCCUUCCCUUAAGAACUGGGGUUUGAUGUGUUUCAUACCACUUGUUCUUGGAAUUGUCUGACUUUUAGACAGUGUCCCUUGCCAGAAGAGGGACAGAUUUUGGUGUAUUUAAUGAAUAGCACGUGCAAGUUUGGACAGACCUGACAUGUCUUUAAAAAAUCUUGUUUCAAAAUGUUCCCACAUAUAGUGGUAUCUCCUAAAAAAGGCAUGGUGGAGACAUUUUUGUUGGUUUUCAGAGAUGCAACAAUGUAUAAUCUUUAACUUCCUGGGGGUUUUAAAUGCAAUGUCAAUAUUCUUAUGUUUUUUAAAUUCCAGCAAAAAUAAAAAAAAUAAUUUCAAUGUAUAUUUUUCAGAAA